CGGAAUAAUCUUUGAUCGUCACUAGACCCCAUCAGCUUCGUCCUAACUCCAUCAUGGUGCGAGAAUCGCGGAACAGGAAAAUGGCGGGCAGAGGACCGUCGGGGGAGAAUGGGGCCGAAGGCGGACCUCAGCAAACGUAUAAGACCGCAGGCUGCGACGAAGAGCAGCAUGGGACCAAGGAGGCGGUGUCAGUGAACACCAGCUAUGUCAAUAGCAAGUCUGUCGACGAGGUCGAAGGGACUUCUACUCAGCCUACCUCCCGCAUUUCAUUCAUGGACCUUCCCCGUGAGCUGCGGGAUAUAGUCUACGGCUUCGCGCUCAAUGCCUCUCCCAAUGUCCGUGCUCGCAUUUGGAGCCCCCGUCGCCAGAAGUACGUCCCGGCAAGCGCCAAGCUACUUUCGAACAGCAUCUUCCACCUGAGUAAGACGAUCAAGGAAGAAGCAGAGGAGAUAUUCUACGGGGAGAGCAUGUUCCUCUUCUACCAGCCUCCCAGGCUAUGCUACCGCACGAAAGGCUCCACUCACGAGUAUGCCCCAUGCCGUAUGGAUUACAUCACCCUCCGUAAGAACCUCAAGUCUCCAUUAUCCACCAAGGUCUGCCAUAUUACCAUCUCCUGUAAUAGUACUGAUAUGUCCUCCACACCAAACUCCGGAGCUAGAGAAGUUCACUAUAACGAGCCUGCUGUGCAGGAGCUGUUCGGAGUCGAAGACUCUAACAUGAUCUCUUUGUACCGGAACUGGCGAAAGAACAUUGAUUUUGCGGUCCUCAUUCCGCAACUACGGACUUUGCGCGUGGUUAUGAGAGGCUGGGUUAACAAGGUAUUUGAAACACAACGCGUACAAGCAGGGGUUCGGUUGGUCGAGGAGGCCAUGCCGAAGAGAGUGGAGCAGGGCUUCCGACAACUACUCGUUGAGAUCCAGACGACAACAAUGAUGGGCAAACCGGAGGAUAUGCAGGGCACCCUCAGUAGCGAAUGGGAAGUGGUCGAUACGACUAUCGUGAGACGGGGAAAGUGGUAGACGAGAGUGUCGGGGAAGGGACUUGCAUCGAGCACGCUACAGUUAUACCAUUCCGAGUUGUGUGGCAGGUAUUCACAUUAGUCGCUUUCACAAGAGUAUAGCGAGUUCUUAGGGUCCUUCCUGCUUCCUCGUGCGGAUCUACCCCAGGCAACGUCAAGAUAGGCCAAUCAAAAGCGUUUAGGUCCGCUCCAAAUGCGCUACCUAGGAUUUUACUUCUCUUCCAAACUCCUCUUGAUGCGCUGGAGUACAUUAGAAAGUGGUAAGUAGAUGAACGAGUCAUGCUAAUAUCUACUCGCAACAGGCCCGAGUCUAAUUGUUAAGGCUCGUAGCCAUUGCGGUACGAGAAC